GUUUUAGAUGAAAGGAGCAUUAUAGAGGGAGGGAUGCAGGGUGUGGUGAUGUAUAAAACAUCCUUCGCUCCUGUUCCUCCAUCACAACAGCCCCUCCAAGACUGAACUUCACACUCCGAUCUCUUCAAAUCGCAGCCUUGCAUCAUCAUGUCUGACAUCCUGACCGCUAUGAAUCUCCUCAUCAAAGUCUUUGAAAAAUAUUCGGGCAAGGAGGGAGAUAAGACUACCCUGACUAAAGGGGAGCUGAAGGAACUUCUUCAGCAUGAAAUGGGACCUCUUCUUGGCAAAGCCCCUGACAAGGCAGCAGUGGACAAAAUCUUCAAAGAUUUGGACUCAAACUCAGACGGCCUUGUGGAUUUCACUGAGUAUGUCACCCUGAUCUGCUGCCUCACCACAGUGUGCCACGAGGCCUUAUGCAAAAAAUAAGGAGCUGAGCGCCACCUUGGGGCCAGCUGAGAGAGCUGUCUCUCAGAGAAUGAAAAGUGUCUCCUGACAGCUGUUCUGAAGAAGAAAUUAAUAUUUAGUAGAGCACCAACGCACACUAAAGAAUGAUAAGAAAGUCACUAAAACAUGAUCUUGUAAUGCAAAAUGAAAUAAACUUUUCUUCAAAAGAC